GCAAGAGCUGAAGACAGAGCAUCAUCAACAGCAGCAGCGUGAACAAGAGAAGUAAAUUAAGAGAGAGAGAGAGAGAGAGAGAGAGAGUAGAAUAGAGAUCAAAUAAAUUGUUGAUGAGAGAGAAACCAGAAGAACAUCCAAAUCUCUGUUCUUGGUCCAUCCGAUCACAGAGACCCCUAAUUCAUAUUUAUUCAUUUUCCCUUUUUUAAUUCCAUUAAAAUUGUAGAUUGCGCUUUGCUUUCUAUGGGAUAAGAAGAAGAAGCCCAGUGAGAGAAUAUGACGCAUAAUACAUUCAUCUACAAUAAAGAAGAAGAAGAGGAGGAUUUAUUCUUUGACUCUAGAGAAGAGAUUUCAUCACUCUCAGAUUCAUGCCCUGGAACCCCAUCAAACCGUUCAAUCACUGAAGAGAAUUCAAUAAAUUGGGUCGCUGAUGACCCCCGAUACAAAGUUUGGAUCAGUAAUCCAAGCAGCAUUGAGGAACGCAGAUCCCGGUUCAUGAGAAUGAUGGGUUUGGAAUUGAAUCCAGUUCAAACUCCUAUCAAAGAUUUCUCCAUCAGUCCGGAUAUUGAUCGAAUAACAGCGGAUGGAGGAGCUGUGCUAAUGAGCUCUGCCUCAGAGAGUAGCUCUUCAACCUCUAGCUGGUUGAGUGAGGAUCCUAGCACAUCAGGGGAUGGAGACUCAGAUGAGGGAUCUGAGUUUAGGAUCAAGAAUUUGGAUGAUGGCUCAGUGUUUGUUAUCAACGAGUUUAGUAAUGAUGGUACUCCAAGAUGUCUUCGAGAAGUUAGUUCAAAUCGGUGUAUAACUGUUGAUGAGUUCAAUAGAAGUUUUGGUCCAUCCUCUUUUGUACAAAAACUUAUGCAAAGAGAAAACGAAAAGUUGGAUGAUUCAAUCAUGGAGAGACGAAGAAAAAAUAGGUGGUUGAAGAAAUUGGGUGCUGUGUCUUGCAUUGUAGAUAGGCAACCGGUGGAAAUUGAUUCUAGUUCAUCUUGUUCGCAUGAUAGUAUAAGCUCUAGAUCUCAGAGAGUUAAAGUUCGUUCAAACAAAAGAAGAUCGAAGGAAUUCUCUGCAGUGUAUAUGGGGCAAGAUAUCAAGGCUCAUGAUGGAGCGAUUGUUACAAUGAGAUUCAGCCCCGAUGGAGAAUACAUAGCGAGUGCAGGUGAAGAUGGAGUUGUUCGAGUAUGGGAAGUCACAGAAUGUAAUAUAAGAGAGGAAUGUGAUGUUCCUGAAGAUGAUCCUUCGUGCAUUUACUUCAAGGUGAACUGCAGCUCGGAAUUGGCUCCACUUUUUGUCGAUAAAGAGAAGUCUAAGCCGAGGAGUAUGAAGAGAACUUCGGAUUCAGCCUGUGUUGUUGUUCCUUCCGAAGUAUUUCGGAUAUCAGAACAACCAAUACAUGAGUUUUAUGGGCAUGAUGGAGAUGUGCUAGACCUUUCAUGGUCUAAGGAUAAGUAUUUGCUAUCGUCAUCUGUAGAUAAAACCGUGCGAUUGUGGAAAGUUGGUUGCGAUAGCUGCCUCAAAGUUUUUGUACAUAAUAAUUAUGUGACAUGCGUCCAGUUCAAUCCCGUUGAUGAAAAUUAUUUUGUUAGUGGUUCAAUAGAUGGAAAAGUUCGUAUUUGGGAAAUUGGGGAAUGCCGUGUUGUCGACUGGACUGAUAUUAAAGACAUUGUCACCGCAUUGUGUUACCGGCUAAAUGGGAAGGGAAUAGUAGUCGGCAGCAUGCCUGGUGAUUGCCGCUUUUAUGAUGUAUCAGAUAAUCAACUUCAACUGGAUGCUCAAAUCUCCUUGCAAUCUAAAAAGAAGUCUCUUGACAACAGGAUAACUGGCUUUCAGUAUUGCCCAACAGAUCACCGGAAACUUCUGGUCACUUCCGCUGAUUCCCGAAUCCGCCUUCUUGAUGGAGUAGAUGUGAUCUCCAAGUACAAAGGUCUCCGCAAUGCUGGAAGCCAGAUAUCAGCAUCAUUCACACCCGACGGCAAGCAUAUCAUAUCAGCCAGCGAGGACUCUAGUGUAUACAUAUGGAAUCACAUUGAUAACCAUGAUUCCUCAUCACAUAAUCAUGCAAAGAGCAGCAGCAGAUCCUACGAGCGAUUCACCUCUGCCCAUUCAUCGGUUGCAGUACCUUGGCCUGGCCCAGUAUCAAGAAACUCUACCUCCGAGUUUCCCUCAGAAAACAAAACAGAUCCCUUGAUCAACAGGAACAAUAUUUACCUCUCGCCUGCUGGUAGUGUUACUUUAAGCCGUGAGUUUUUGUCUGAGUUUUUGCCUAGGGGCUCAUCAACUUGGCCUGAGGAGAAGCUCCCCUCGAGCUCUCCAACCCUAGGUAAAUCUCAGUACAAGUUCUUGAAGGCUUCGUGCAGGAAUUCAUCACAUGCUUGGGGUCAAGUUAUAGUAACGGGUGGAUGUGAUGGUAGGAUUCGAUCAUUUCAAAACUAUGGAUUGCCCGUUAAUUUGUGAACUCUGUUGAGCCUUAGGUUGUGUUUUGUGACCAUUAAAAAAUUGAACCAGGAAUUGAUCAAGCUAAACCAUUUUUUGCCAAUGCUGACCCAGUUUUUACCAAAUACAUUUUCUCCCGAAAUGGGACCAUGAUCAAUCCUGAUUCAAUUUGGAGUGGUUGCCAAACUGGCCCUUAAGAUUUCAAAGAUUGUAUAUGGAGUGUAUAGAGAAAUUCUAUGUCGGUGUUCUACAGCUAGAUUGUAAUUUGUUUGGAUAGAGGGAUACAUUUAGAUUAUACAAUACAGAUUCAUUCAUUUGUUCAA